AUGUCAUUACCAAGCUCAAUACGAAUUCCUCUUCUAUGGUCUAAUAUUGAUGUAUUCACAUUUGGUAAAUCAUCUCUUUAUGGUUAUGAUUCUAUAAAUCAUUGUCUUGUCGUUCAUUCUCCAAUAAAAAUAAAUAAUUUAAAUGAUAUAUCAAGUGAUCGUCUUCAUCUAUCAUCAUCUCCAACAUGGCCUAUUCGAAGAUUAAUUCUUAAUGAAGAUGAAACUAUUUUGGCUCUUUUAGCAGAUAAAAUAGCUUAUCUUGUUUAUUUACCAAAAUCAAAUAUACAGAUCAGUAACAAUUCACCUUCAAAAGAAUCUUGUCAAUGUUCAAUAAUUCGUGUUCCACCAAUAAUAUCAUCUUCACUAACAAUAACUUGUUCACUAAUAGAUUUUGUUUGGUUAAAUUCAAAUAAUUUUAUUAUUGUUUAUACAAUUCCAUCAUCGUCUGAAUGUCAUCUUUAUAAAGUUCAAACAUUAAAACAAGUUGGAAUCGAACAUGUUCAUACAUUUUCCGUUGGAUCAUCUUCAACAAAUAAAUUUGGAACACCAAAUAAAAAAAUUUCUCUUAAUCAACCAUCAGAUAUUAUUAAAUGUUGA